AUGUUCCGACCUGUCGGGAGCCGCUCCCGCCCCCUCACCGUGCGCGUCGCGCGCGCCCUGAACACAUCUGCAAUCCCGAGGCCGCCGACCAGGACCUCCAAGGACGCCCAGCCCCCGUCUCCCAUCCAAACGCCGUGGAGUACCAGCACGAGUACAGGCGCGAGCGUGCAGCGUCGGGCGCAGGACAGGAUUGAGUCUAUCGAGGCACGGCGCGGGGUCUCACCCUUCCUCGUCGACGGCUUCCAGAGAGAGCACAACUAUCUCCGCAUCUCGCUCACCGAGCGGUGUAAUCUCCGAUGCUUCUACUGUAUGCCGAGCGAGGGCAUAGAGUUAUCUCCGCCCGAACAUCUGCUCUCGGAUGACGAAAUCAUCAGGCUCGCAACACUGUUCGUCACAAGCGGUGUGACCAAGAUACGGCUCACCGGUGGCGAGCCAACGGUGAGGAAGGGAAUCGUUGAAAUAGUCGGCCGACUAAACCUCCUGCACGAGCAUGGGCUGCAAUCGAUCGGCAUGACUUCGAACGGGAUCGCGCUGCACAGGAAGCUGCCCGCGUUGGUGCGGAACGGGUUGACGCAUCUGAACAUAAGUUUGGACACCCUCGACCCUUUCAAAUUUGAGAUCAUGACGCGCCGCCGGGGACACGAUGCUGUCCUACGGUCAUUAACCGAGGCGCUGGCCACACCCGAACUGCAGUCGGUGAAACUCAACGUUGUGGUCGUGAAAGGAUUGAACGAUCACGAGGUGCCGGAGUUCAUCGAGAUGACGAGGGACAGCCGGCUGUCGGUCCGUUUCAUCGAGUUCAUGCCGUUCACAGGCAAUCGUUGGGACAAGGCGAAGAUGGUGCCCUCGGCAGACUUACUGGCAAGGGUCCGGGAACGUUAUCCUACUCUCCGCAAAGGGUCGGACGAGCUAAACGACACCGCCCGAUCUUACAUCAUACCUGGAUACCAGGGGAGUUUCGGAUUCAUCAGCAGCAUGUCUGACCACUUCUGUGGGUCGUGCAAUAGACUGAGGUUGACUGCGGACGGGCAAAUCAAAGUUUGCCUCUUCGACGCAAAAGAAAUCUCACUCCGGGACCAGAUGCGCGCCGGUGUAGAUGACGAGGGGCUUCUCACAACGAUCGGCCGAGCAGUGCUGGGCAAGAAGGCGAAACACGCGGGGAUGGAGGACAUCGACGUCGUCACGAACAGGCCCAUGAUUCUCAUCGGCGGAUCGCACCGCCCCGUCGUCCGCCGGUCGACGACGCCGCUGUCACCGAAAGCCAGAUCCGCUCUUCAGCUUCCGCCGUCGGCGCACCGCCCCACUCGCACCAACAGUGGCACGGCGGCGCGGUGUUUCAGCACCUCCUCUCGCUCCCUCGCUCCCAAGAACGUGGCACCGGAUCCGUCCCAUUUGCGCCUCACGCACAUCGACGCCACGGGCCGGCCGUCGAUGGUCGACGUCGCGCACAAGGCGCCCACGAGCCGGACCGCCACCGCGUCGGGGCGGAUCGUCGUCCCGCGCGCCGCGUACGCGCUGGUCGUCGAGCGCGGGCCACGACGCGCACACGAACGAGCGCGCGGGAAGGGCGACGUGCUCACCGUCGCGCAGCUCGCCGCGAUCAUGGGCUGCAAGCGCACCGCGGAGCUGAUCCCGCUCUGCCACCCGCUCGCGCUCUCGCACGUCGCCGUCGGCCUGCACGCCGAGGUGCGUCGGCGCGUCGGCGGCGGCGGUUGCGGAGACCGGGCCGAGGGGGCGGGCACGAGCAUCGUGUGCCGCGCGACGGUGUCGUGCGAGGGCAAGACGGGCGUCGAGAUGGAGGCGCUCACCGCGGUCUCGGUCGGGCUCCUGACCGUCUGGGACAUGCUCAAGGCGGUCGCGGGGAGGGAGAUGGUGAUCCGGGACGUGCUCGUCGAGCGCAAGGCGGGCGGGAAGAGCGGGGACUUCGCACUCGCGUCGUGGCAAAUUCCUGGCGAACGCACCCAUUUUGCAAACAUUGUGUCUAAUUUUUUCGUCCCAGCCGCGCAGCCUCCGAGAGUCCGGGUGCGCCGGAAACGCCACGUCUUGUGUGUUCGCACGGAGUAUGAAUCGUGA